AUGCUAACAAGCAUCAAGAAUCAGGAGAUUCUUGUGGAGUUGAAAAAUGGAGAAACUGUGUUUGGAAAGUUGAGUAACUGUGAUUCAUGGAUGAACCUUACACUCACCGACGUCAUCUAUAACUACAACAACGGAGAGAAGUUCAACAAGUUGGAGGAGAUUUAUGUUCGUGGAAACCAUAUCAAAUUCCUUCGUUUGCCCGAUACGGUCAUGGAACAAGCAAAGGAACAGAAUAUGCUUAGCAUCGAGCAGAGAAACAGAACCAAGGGCCGCAGGGGACCUGGCAACUUCCAAAAGAGAAACAACAAUGACUACGGACGUGAAAAUAGGACUGGAGGCAGAAACAGCAACAGUAGUCACAACAACAGUCACAACAAUGCGAACAACAAUAACAACAACAACAACAACAGCGGCAAACGCAACUUUGCCUAG